AUGUCCAGUAACAAGGUCGCCGUUCGAAAGAGUGGACAGAAACGGAGGCGAGAGGAAGAUGACUCCACUUCGGUACAGGAUGAAGAAGAUAGUCGAAGCGGACUCACAAUGGUUACCAUACCAAAAGGAAAGGAAAAAGAUGUGGAAUAUUCUGCACCAAAGUCACAAAAAUUGACAGAUUUGGAUGAAGAAGGUAUUAAGGAAGGAGAGGAUGGUAACGUCAUCGAACAAACGCAUUAUAUUAUCAUACCAUCGUAUGCAGCAUGGUUUGAUUACAAUGCUAUUCAUCAAAUCGAAAAACGUGGAGUGCCUGAAUUUUUUAAUGGACGAAACAAGAGCAAAUCACCAGAAGUUUAUAUGGCUUAUCGCAAUUUCAUGAUUGACACAUAUCGUUUGAAUCCUUUUGAAUAUUUAUCAUCUACGGCAUGCCGAAGAAAUCUUGGUGGUGAUGUAUGCUCCAUACUACGAGUGCAUUCAUUUUUGGAACAGUGGGGUCUUAUAAACUACCAAGUUGAUUCGGAAGCACGUCCAGCACCAGUAGCACCGCCUUGUACUUCUCAUUUUAUGGUAUUGGCGGACACACCGAUAGGCAUUCAACCUAUACAACCAACUCUGAAUCUCUCUCAGAGUGAUGAAGCAAAAAAAAGCAAAGAGAAAAAAGAAAAAGUUAAAGAGAAAGAUGAUGAAAAUACAAAAGACGAGGGUAAUGUAGCGAUUAAAAUUGAAAAACUAGGUGAUGCUGGUUUGAAAACUGAUAUGUAUGCAAAACAUCUUGCCACGAUGAAGAUGCGAGGGGCAGCUCCAAACAGAGAUUGGACUGAUCAGGAAACACUGUUGCUACUGGAAGGUUUAGAAAUGUUCAAAGAUGAUUGGAACAAAGUUGCCGAUCAUGUUGGAUCUCGCACACAAGAUGAAUGUAUCAUGCGGUUUUUGCAAUUGCCUAUCCAGGAUCCAUAUCUAGAAGAAGGGGGUGCCGAAGCAGAAGUUUUGGGCCCUCUAGCUUAUCAGCCAAUGGCCUUCAGCCAAUCAGGUAAUCCGAUAAUGUCGACGGUAGCAUUCCUCGCAUCCGUUGUCGACCCACGUGUUGCAUCCAAAGCUGCAAAAGCUGCAUUAGAAGAAUUCGCGAAAAUGAAAGAGGAAGUGCCUCCGCUGGUUGCCGAAGCGCAUGCCCUCAACGUAGAAGCAGCAUCAGCAGGUGGUAAGAUUGACGGCAGUGCAGGCCUGAGCGUUUCUGGAAUUGCUGAUGACAGAACCGACAAAGAUAAAGGACCAGAACCAAUGGAAGUUCAGUCUGAAGAAAUGAAAAGUUGUUCUUCAGAAGGAAGCAAAGAAGCUGUCGAAUCAAAUGAUAAGCAGAAGGAUGAUAAUAAAAGUAAAGUUUCAGAAACAGUGCAGGCAGCAGCUGCUGCAGCACUUGCUGCAGCUGCGGUUAAAGCAAAGCAUCUAGCUGCAAUAGAAGAAAGACGCAUCAAGUCAUUGGUCGCCCAAUUAGUUGAAACACAAAUGAAGAAAUUGGAAAUGAAGCUACGUCACUUUGAUGAACUUGAAGCAAUAAUGGAUAAAGAGCGAGAAGCGCUUGAAUACCAACGGCAGCAACUAAUUCUGGAACGACAGUCUUUUCACAUGGAUCAAUUACGUUAUCUUGAGCAACGUGCUAAACAUGAAGCACAGUCAAAACUUGUUGCUGGCGGUCAGCUAUCGCCAAGCUUCUUACCACCUGGUUUUGAAGUUAGCAGUCCAACUCAGGAAGUCGAAAUGUUAGGUCAGCUACCGCCAGACUUCGAAGUUAGCAGUCCACCUGAGCAUAUCGAAAUUUUAGGUCAACUAACGCCAUGCUUACCACCUGGUUUUGAAGUUAGUGGUUCACUUCAGGAACUCGAAAUGUUAGGUCAGCUACCGCCAAGCUUACCACCUGGCUUCGAACUUAUCUGUCUACCCCAGAAAAUCGAAAUUUUAGGUCAACUACCGCCAAGCUUACCACCUGGUUUUGAAGUUAGUGGUCCACCUCAACCGCAGCAGCAAGUGCAAGUACCUGCACAUUCUGUGGGUGUUUCAACGUCCUCUGUGUCAUCCACUUGUCCAUCAGCUAUAGGUCUUUCAUCAGUGCAAGCACAAUUGCCUCAUGAUAGCGUUCAAAAAAUGGAUACCUCAGAGACCGCUACUAUGCCUCAAGUAUCGCAGGCACUUGUUCCAGCUUCUUCUGUGGUUACACCGCAAACAAGUAUUACUGCUGUACCAUUGCAACCAAGCAUGACUGCAGUACCAUCUCAGACAGUCAUGUCUGCAGUACCAUCACAACCAAAUAUGACUACAAUACCAUCACAGGUGCAACAACAGCAACAAACUCAGCAACACCCACAAACCCAACAACACCCUCAAGCUCAGCAACCCCAGCAACCUACCCAGACUAUACAGCAGCCACCUCAGCAGCUAAGCUCUACAACUGGUACAAUGAAUGUCCCUCAAGCGAUGGCUGUGCAGCCACAACAGCAUAUGCCACCACAGCAGCAGCAACAAGCUCCGCCAUCUCAGCAACAGUAUCAGCAAGCUCCAGUCCCACCUCAGCAACAGCCACCACCUCAGCAGCAACCUUAUCCUCCUCAGGGCGGUUAUCAACCACAGCAACAAUAUCCACAAUAUGCACAGAAUACUUCGCCACAGCAGUAUCCUCCACAAGGUUAUCAAAAUGCGCCAUCACAAGGAUAUUACGGGCAACCUGGAGCUCGACCGCCUUAUCCGCAGCAAUACGCACAGCGACCGCCUUAUCAGCAAUCAAUGCAGGCGUAUGGGCAACCAGUGCGACCAAGUUUUCCGCCGACGUCGGUAGCAGCUCCACCACCAGGUCAAAGUUAUGGCUAUCCUCAAGGCUACCCGCCACAAGGACCACAGUAUGCACCACCCGGUGGUUACGCGCAUCCGCAAGGGCAACAAGCACCUCCGCCGACUUCAAUUCCUCAAUCAGUAGAGUCAUCGGAUGCUGCUACGCCGCCUAUGCAUCAGGGAACACCAUCCAAUCAGCAAUAA